UCAUUAAUUUAAGGUACUAAUAAGUACUAUUGAAAUUGUAGUUUGUAUACCAUAAUUAGAAGCAAACUAAAUAAACCCAACUAUUUAAAAUUCUUAUUGACAAUAAAUAUAUCCUUUUGCAGGUCUACAGGAAAUGAUGAGAUGUGCAAUUUUUAUAUUAUGUUCGACACGAACAGCUCUGUGGCUAAUCCUUCAUGGCAAUGUGGCACCUGCAAAAGAGCUCACAGCUCAGCAGCAAUAAAGCUGGCUAGAAAAAGAAGAAGAAGGCACUAAUGAACUUCUACAACUGACAGGAGAUAACUUUCCCAAAGAUGUCAGCGUUCCACUUCCACCAAAUCCAGCACUUGAAGAAGCAGCCAUAGGAUCUUACCACCAUUCUGGCAUGAAUCAUCCAGAUAAAGCCAAUGAGAACUUGUACCAAGACACAAAAACUCAAGACAUAUUGAUGCCUAAUGCUAAGCCUAAUACACCUGACACCUAUCUAUGUACAACCUAUCCAGUUCUAGAAGAGGAGCUUUAUAUUUAUAAAUUUGAAGCUCUGGCCAAUGCUGCCACUGCACACCACAUGUUGCUGUAUGGAUGUGAUGGUGAACCUUUUUCUACAGACAGCAUCUGGAACUGUCCACCAAUGUGUAAAAAUGGUCAGCCUACAAUAAUGUUUGCCUGGGCUAAGAAUGCUCCUCCAACAGUUAUGCCUAAAGGUGUAGGUCUCAGGGUCGGCAGGAAAACAUCAAUUAAGACUAUUGUACUCCAGGUACACUACGCAAAGAUUUUGAAGACUCAGAACCUGCAGAUCACUCUGGACUUAAACUUUACACAAAACACUGUCUUAAAAUAUCUCUUUGUAAUGUCUAAGAUUUUAUCAUAUCUCUUCUAA